ACCAUUUUCUCUCACUACUCUGACUUUCAGUGAGCUACUUCUCUCUCGGUCUCUCCUCUUGCUUCUUCGUUCUCACUGAGUUCCUUCUCACAAUCGACAGAUUCCAUAGCCAAAGCGAAGCAGGAUACAGUAUAUCAGCUUAUUUGUUACUCAAGUAGGGUGUUUUGUGUUAGAAGAAAAAAAGAGGAAUGUUAGGAGGAGAAGGUAGCAACAAUGCAAGAACAAGGGAGGAAAAUAUGUACUGGAGAAGUUUCACUCCUUUCUUCAAAGUUAAUCUUCAUGCUGAUUUUCGUUCUGGGGUUGAGAUUCCCCUGUAUUUCUCAGAAAAUGUGAAGAAGAAGUUGCCUCAGAAGGUAGCUUUGAAGGGUCCGGGUGUCGAUUUUGAUACAUGGGAAGUUCAGCUGAAAAUGCAUAACAAUGCCACUUGGGUGGUUGGAGAGGGUUGGGAAGAUUUUGCGGCUGCUUUCUCUUUGGAAGAGAAUGACACUUUGGUGUUCAAGUACAAAAACAACUCCUAUUUCAAGGUCAGGAUUUUCAGUGGGAAAACUUCAUGUGAGAGGGAAUCAUCUCAUUUCGUCAUAAAAUCUGUCUCCCAGCAAACAAAAGAAAGUCGCUCAAAAGUUGAGAAACCCUGUACCGUAAAAAAGCAGGAAACAGAAAUUGGUUUGGCAAUAUCAGGAAGUGAAAGGGAGAAGAAAAUUAAUGAUGAUCAGGAAUCAAUAUUAAGAGAGUCAGUGGAGAAGACAGUGCUAAUAGAAGUUGAUGACGACUCAGAUGACGACGCACCUACAUCCACGAGGAUUUUCAAAAGAAAAGUUGAUUCCGGCAUCUGUAAUAAAAGUUCAAAAGAAACGAAAUUGGCUUUUCAGAGGGCUGUGAAACCGAAAAUAGAAACAGAAGGGGAGUAUAUAUCUCCUCUGCGUGGACCGCCUGAAUGCAAUCAAGAAAAAGAGAGGGAGAUACAAAGGGCUAGCCAACGGCUAAAAGAGAUACGAAAGACCUGGCAACAGGCGAAAGAGACUCAAAGGUUCACAGAAAAAAGUUUUUGUGUAUCCCUGUCACGUACCCAUGUUUCCGGAAAAACUGUGAAGUUGGGUAUUCCAAAACAGUGGUGGACUGAGGUCAUUAAGUCCAAGGGUAGUCCAACACAUUUGAGACUCCGUGUGAAGGGCAACGAUGAGUAUGAUCCACGUUUGUACGGUUGCAGGUAUGAUAAUUCGAAUUGUUCAGGAAGAAUCACUACUGGGUGGAAGAAGUUUGUUGAAGAUAAUUCGUUGUGUCAACAUGACUGUUGUGUGUUCAGUCUCGCUGAGCCGUUUGAGGAUAACAAUGAGAUUGUUUACUUGGAGGUUGAGAUAAUACGUGUUAUUACUUUGUACGAAGAUUCUGAUUAAGUGGUGAUUGUUAGGAGUCGGGGACAUGAAUGAUAAUGCUUGCCUUAGCUUGAAUAUUUUGCCUUUUGGAUGUACAGUGGGUUAGAUUAGUUAGGCUAAUUAUACGAUCCUUAAUCCUUAUAAGUUGCUGGGUUUUUUUGUAGCUUAUUAUGUAGCUAUAAGAAUUAAGGACCCUCGGUUUUUUGUUUGUAACUGUGGCAGGUCUAAAUGUCUGAUUUAUGUAAGAUGUAUGUAAAGAUGGUCCAAAGUACUAAUAAGUACAAGUAUAUAUGUAUGUUUUACUCUGUA